UCAGAAGACACCAAAUUCAUAUGGAGCCAAAGUAUUGAGCAGCAAUAAUGACCUGGACACAAUGUUAACUUUUGAGUAGCCACUCUUGUAUUGUUACAAGGUAUAACAGGUAUUGUCCAAUUUGUACAGAAAAAAGUAUAAAAUAAAAUAAAUAGUGUGCACACUUAAACAAAAUAAAAGUACUUGUUGGGGCCCUUUAAGAAUUUAGAGUUAAGUUGGCAACAGCCAAUUUCAAAGGUCCUUGUGAGUGUAAUUGGAAUGUAUGAGUGUGUGGGUGUGUAUCUUCUUUGGGGUGGAUCGUCCUCAAAGUGGUUGGCUCGCCAUCUAUCACGACCGGAAUUUUGUCCUGGUCCUCGGACUUUUCUGUCCUCUCCAAAAACCUGACCGUUGCUCUGUUUCACAAAAGCCCAACACACACUGGUGUCGGAAUUGCAGCAGCUCUCCGGAUGAAAGGUAGGUCAUGUGACCCAGCCAGGCUUCAGGACCCUUCCUGCCCCCCCGCGUACUCGCUCUGCUGCCUCAGCUCUUUCAGACUCUUUGUUUCAACAAAAGCUCCGAACACAAACGCUGGCUGAACAAAGGCGGCUAUGUUUCCAGAACGCCAUCCUCCCAUAAAUCCCGGUAGCAAGCAGGUCUGAGCGGUUUGACACUGGCAGCUGCUGAUCGUCAUGCCUCUGCCCCGACGCCGCUCAUCCUUCCUCGGACAGACGGCCGCCGAGCGGCCGCCCUCUGCCUCCUGCGGGAGAAUGGGGUCGGCGGGCACCUCCGCCCCUCGCGGCGUCUUUGUAGGCUCCACCCCACCAGCGAGUGUUCCCUCUGGCCUGGGGACACGGGUGUCACGGCGAGCUCUGGGCAUCAGCAGCGUGUUCCUGCAGGGGAUGAGGAGCAGCACAACACCGGUGCUGCCCCGAGGCAGCGAGCGAGCAGUGGGGAGCGGUGCGGCGGCAGCGGGACUGAACAGCUGUUUGACGGAAUACCGCGACAAAGUGAGAGCGCUGGAACAGCUGAACCAACAGCUGGAGGAGCAGAUCCGCCUCUGCCUGGACCGCAAGGCCUCGAGCGCUGGAGCCUGGGGACCCCUCAGGAGGGAGUGGGAGGAGGUCUACAGACAGGUCAGUGAAGCCAUCCUGGACAAUGCCCGGCUGAUGCUGCAGACAGAGAACGUGCAGGCCAAUGCUGAGGACUUCAAGGACAGGUUCGAGAACGAGCAGCCGUUCCGUCGGGCAGUGGAGGAGGAGAUCAGCUCGCUGUACAAAGUGAUUGAUGAGGCAAACCUGACAAAGGCGGAGCUUGAGGAGCAGAUGGAGAACAUGAGGGCGGAGCUCCGCAGCCUGGAGCACAACCACGAGCAGGACGUGCGGACCCUGUACAGUCAGAUGGCGGGACGUGAUGUGGACGAGCCCGACGCGCCCAUAGAAACCAGUCUGGACCAGAUCUUGGCCUACAUCCGGAGCCACUGGGAGAAAGUGAUGGAGAAGAGCAGGGCUGAGACUGACAGCUACCUGGACUGUAAAGAGGCACAGUGCGUGAGCAGCAAGCUGAGUCCAGAGGAGGAACAGGUGGAGGCGCUGAAGGCUGAGUGCAGCGACACCGGCUGUAAGAUCCAGAGUCUGCAGGCAGAGACCGAGUCUAUCAGAGCCCUGAAACGGGGUCUGGAGAACUCGCUGAGUGACGCCCGCCACUGGCACGACAUGGAGCUCCAGAAUCUCGGCUCAGUGGUGGCCAAGCUGGAGGCGGAGCUAGCCGACAUACGUGGUGAAAUCGAACAGCAGCGCCGCGACUACGACACGUUGCUGAGCAACAAGCAACGGCUAGAGCAGGAGAUCAACUUGUACCACGGCAUCCUGGAUGGCGAGGAGAACCGAUUCGAGACGCUAUGUUCAGGUCUCCACUCAGAGCCCGAGGGAGCUGCUGCUCCAGACUCCAGGAGCGACCCUCCAGGAUCUCCAGGACCUGCAGCACAGUGACCCCAGAGGAGAACCUGAGCGGGCUGACCCAGUCUACCUGUGCAGGUGUGGAGGAUGCUGGAAGUGCAGUGUGCGUCUCAGCUGCUCGGUGUGGACGUGAUGUGUUGUAACGGUCUUCAGGUGAACCUGCCGAGAACACCUGAGGAUCCGCCUGAGCCCGACUGGACCUGAGACGUGUUGCUCUGUGUUAAUAAAAGUGAAUGUGACGGUGUGUUCAGGUGCUCCUUGUUUCUUUCAAACUAAAAUAAAGGUGUGAGAAUGACAUUAGCGUGUCACAGAACGACCUUCACUUUAUUCAGAGCUGCCACCCUCCAGCCGGCGCACGGUGCUCACAGCUCCGAAGCAUCGACGCCAACUUGGCGCAGGAGUGAGCACAUCUCAGCUCAUCCUGGUGGCGCCUGUUGUUCUAUGUGAGGGUGAUGCCUCACAGGGGUGCAGCGAUGGCUGACGGCCUCGCCGAGUCCCCCAGUAAGAACCAAGAGGAAACAAAGUUUCUGUAGAAGGUUCCUGAUAACGAGGACAUGACUCCACCCAUCCCCCCGCCUGAGAAUAAACCUUCGUUGAGGAUCAAUAACUGAUUCAGAGAAAAUAAUCAACUAUUUAAAACUCAACGAGCUCUGACAAUGGUGCCGCUGCAGGUCACUGAGAGGGCAACAGGUCCGAAUCCGCAUUGAGUCAUUUCCU